AUGGCUACUACUCUCGCUGCUGGGCUCCAAGAGACUGCACAAGCUGUUGGGGCGCGAAUGCCCGAAGCCGUCAAGGCCGUUGUCUUUGAGGCCAAAACCAACGUCGAGAAGGAGUUUGACGUCAAAUCCACGAUCCAGCCUGGUGAAAAGCUGCCCGACUUCAUCCUCUCCGAUGCCCGCGGCAAGCCAGUCAGCAGCAUCGACCUCCUAACCAAGGGCCCUCUCCUGAUCCUCUUCUACCGCGGCGGCUGGUGUCCCUUUUGCAACCUCACCCUGAGGGCCUACCAGCAGCGCCUCAAGGAUUUCGAGGCCCGCGGUGUGACGUUUGUUGCGAUUACGCCGGAGCAGCCUGACGCCUCGCUCACCACUGCGGAAAAGAACGAGCUUGCGUUUCCGGUUCUGACGGACGAUGGACUGGAGCUUGCGCGGAAGCUACACAUUGUCUGGAAACAGUCGGAUGAUCUGGUUGAAACUUUGAACAAUAUUGGUGCGGAAUUGGAGAAGCGUCAUGGCAACGACUCGCAUGACAUGGUGGUUCCGACGACGAUUCUGGUUGAUGAGAAGGGCGUGGUGAGGAACAUUUUCGCGGAGGCGGAUUGGAUGCAGAGACUUGAGCCGCAAGAGGCUGUCAACUGGGUGAAUGCGCUGUAA